AUGGCACCUAAAGGCGGUUACAGGAAAAUCUUUGGUGGUGAAGAUAAAAAAGUCAGUUUUGUAUCUUCACUUUUUUAUCGCUGGAUGAACGGAGUCCUUAAGGAGGGCAGUCAAAGACCUUUGGAUCAAAAUGACUUUUUACCCUUGUCAGAGGAGAACUCUGGCCGUUUUGUCACCGACAAGCUUCGAAAAAGCUGGGAAAGCGAGAAACAUCAUUGCAAGAUGAAUGGGAAAGGGCCCAAACUUUGGAAAAGCGUCUUUGAUAUGCUUUCUGCCGAAGAUGUUAUCAUCAUUUUGACGGGGAAUAUAUUGUGUACAACUUCUCGCCUUCUCUUUCCACUGUUUCUCGGGUAUCUUGUUUCUAAGCUUAUGUCAACUGAGGCAGAGAAUACUUAUCAGCUCUACGCCUGCGCAUUAGCUUUGUGUCUUAAUGGUUUGAUCGGUGGUCUUGGUGCGCACCAGCGAGGUUACAGAUGUGAAAUAUUGGGGAUCAAAUUAGGAAGCGCCCUGAGAGGACUGGUGUACCACAAGACGCUUCUACUCAGCAAGCAGACGUUACUGAAAUUCACUGCAGGACGCUUAUUUGACCUGAUAUCAAAUGAUGUUAAAAGAAUGGAAGAAGAGACAGUCAAGUUCUUUUUCUCAGCCGUUUUCGCAGUUCCUGCUUAUGCGGGGGCAACAUUUCUUAUCUACAAUCUGAUUGGUUGGCAGGCUGUUACGGGUGUGCUCCUUCUGUGUAUUCUCAUGCCAUACUUUGCCGUCUUGUCCUCUGCUAAUGCUAAGCUGCGCUUGCGCACAGCUACAGUGUCCGAUCAGCGAAUCUCCUUAAUGAAUCAAGUAGUUUCGGGGAUCCGCACGGUCAAAACGCAUGCGUGGGAGGACGAAUAUGGACGAAAGAUAAAACAUGUAAGAAGAAAUGAAAUCAGCGUCAUUUCGAAGAGGACAGCCAUUCAGUCAAGUAUCGAUGCCUUGUCAUACAGUGCAACACCACUGGCCACUCUGGUGUCAGUAAUUACUAUGGUGCUUACAGGCCAGACUCUCACGCCCGCCAAUGUUUUUAUGCUGCUUUCGUUUAUGGGCGUUUUAAAAUUGAGUGGCAUGUUGAGUGUGAUCACUGGUUUAAUGCUAACGUAUGACGCCUACGUUUCGCUCGGAAGAAUCGAAGAGUUCCUUCUUUUGGAAAAUCUGUUGCAAGCCUCGGAGAGUGAUGACAGCAACGAGCCCCAACAAAAAGCGAAAAGUACCUCAGGUAACGAAAGUUGCAGUUACUUGAAAAAAGAAGAGGAAAAUACGGACGAAGUUUCCCUCUCUCGUGAAGCAACAGAAUUAGGGCCUGCUAUACUGUGUGUGUCAAAUUUAAGCUACGCAAAAACGCAUCGUGAAGAUGAACUUAUUCUUCAGGAUAUCAACUUCUUUGCACCUUCAAAGAGUUUAACAGUCAUCACCGGCCCGGUUGGAAGUGGGAAGUCUACUCUUCUCUCAGCGAUCGCCGGUGAAAUUUCGAACGCCAGUGGGACGAUUGAUUAUCAAGGUUCUGUCAUUUAUUUGCCUCAGACUGCUUGGGUGUUCUCGGGAACGAUAAAAGAAAACAUUCUGUUUGGUCAACCCUUCGAGGAGUCCAAGUACGAAAGAAUAAUCGACGUCUGCGCUCUGAAAGAAGACUUUCAGCGGUUACCUGAUGGUAACCAAACAGUUGUUGGAGAACGCGGCGAGGUUCUGAGUGGAGGACAACAGGCGAGAAUAAGUUUAGCUCGCGCUGUUUAUGCUGACGGAGAUAUUUAUCUAUUGGAUGAUCCACUGAGUGCUGUCGAUGUUAAAGUUGGCCAACACAUCUUUCACGAGUGCAUCAAAGAUCUCCUAGGCGAAAAAAUCGUUCUGUUUGCAUCUCAUCAGCAACAGCACAUGGAAAAUGCUGAUCAAGUGAUUGUGUUGUACAAAGGGCGUGUCCUCGACAAGGGACGUUUUACUGAGCUGCACGAAAAAGGUGUAAUCAAUUCAACUGUUGACCCACUCUAUAAAGCAGCUCUCAAGGACAAAACAGACUCAUCUUGGCCGUUCGGCUGGGAAGAUAAGGAGGAACACGAUGUUGUUGAAAAGUGCCAGAAAAUACAUGCUCUGCCCAAUGAAGCGAGGAGUUUGCAAAUAGCAAAGGAGGAUCGCACAAUCGGAGUUGUGACAACCAAGCUUUAUUGGGACUACUUCAGAAGUGGAGCACAUCCUUUGAUGAUAACUGGAAUGGUUAUUUUAAGUCUCAUUACUCAAGCCAUCAUAGCUGCUCCAGACUUGUGGCUCUCGUUUCUUGCAAGGCUAAACCCAGAGGAUCAGAAGAAGAAGACUUAUCUAUCUGUCUUUGCCUGUCUGGUUGGCGUGUGUUUUAUAUUUACUAUCGUUUGGGCUUAUGGAUUCUUCCAUGUUUGUCUAAAGUGCGCCGAGCGUCUUCACGAUAAAAUGGUUGUAGCCAUUUUACAAGCACCUGUCCUGUUCUUUGAUUCAAAUCCAGUGGGAAGAAUCCUAAAUCGCUUCUCGAACGACAUUGGCUGUGUAGAUGAGAUGUUACCUAAAACAUUCCUGGCGGCAAUGCAGAUGCUCUUGGUGAUAUUUACCCAAAUUCUGGUUACAGUUUCCACAAAUGUUUGGUUGAUGUUUCUUGUUGUUCCAAUUUCCGUGCUGGUCGUUUUUCUAUCCGACUAUUACUUGAAGACUGCCAGAGAACUAAAGAGGUUAGAGUCGAUAUCCCGAAGCCCAGUGUUCGCUCAUUUUUCGGAGACCCUGAUAGGACUUGACACGAUUCGAACGAGAGGAAGACAGACAGAUUUUGUGGAUGCACUUUACAGAUAUGAAGAUGUUCAUAAUCAGGCGUACAUUAUGGUGAUGGCCAGCGGUAGGUGGCUCGGUGCACGUUUGGAUUGUCUCGCUUCCUUGUUAGUCGGUGCAGUUGCUGUGGCUGCAAUCUUGGUAUCUCAAGAUGCCGCUUACGCUGGUCUCGCUCUUGUUUACGUCAUCCAAACUCUGAGCUCCACUCAAUACGCUGUUAGAAAAACCUCUGAAGUGGAAAACUACAUGACGUCAGUUGAGCGAGUUAUAACCUACACCAAACUUGACCGUGAACCUGGAUACGCGGAAGAACGAACACCCCCACAAGACUGGCCUCGGAGAGGAAGUAUUGUGUUUAGAGAUGUAUUACUGACGUACUAUCCGGGAGGACCUCAAGUGUUGAAAAACAUCAAUAUUAUCAUCAAAGGAGGAGCGAAGAUUGGAGUUGUCGGCCGUACGGGAGCUGGGAAGUCAUCUUUUGUAGCAGCUCUUAUGCGCAUGCCUGAUGCUGAUGGAGAGAUAAUCAUUGACAAUGUUCCAAUUAAAGACAUAGGUCUCCAACAAGCUCGACGAGGUAUCUCGGUUCUUGGCCAAAGUCCUGUUCUUUUUAGCGGAUCAUUGAGGAAAAAUCUAGAUAUUUUUGACAAGUUUCAAGACGCUGAAUUAUGGCAAGCUUUAGAGGACGUGCAACUGAAAGAUUUUGUCGAGACACUUGAGGCCAAGCUGGAUCACGAACUGCUGGAGCAUGGCGCUAAUGUCAGUGUUGGAGAGCAGCAGUUAAUUUGCUUGGCUCGUGUGCUGCUACAGCGAAGUAAAAUUGUCGUCUUGGACGAGCCAACUGCACAUGUUGACCCAGACACAGAGCAGACGAUUUGGAAUGUAGUGCGGGACAAACUGAAGGAGUCCACUGUCAUCACUAUAGCUCACCGUUUGAACACGAUAAAAGACUGCGAGAAGAUUUUGGUCUUGAAAGGUGGAAAAGUUAAAGGAUUUGACAAAUCUGAUUCAAUAAUAAACAUCAAUUGAGACGCGGUCUAAGGUUAAAAUAUCUUGAUUGUAACGUAGUUUAUUCAGAAAUAGGAAACCGUUCAACGGCCUCGGUAUUUUCAGAUUUAGGGUCUAAUAUUAGAGAGUAACAGGUUAUCAUGUCAACAUUCACGUUGAGUAUAAAUUUAGAUUUCGGACAAGCAGAAAGAAUGAGAGGAACUACAGGCCUACAAGAUAGCGGCACAGCUUAAUUAAGUUCCAUGUAAGAUCAACAACUCUAUAACAGUCUCUUCCAAACAUAUUACCUCGUAAAGUAAAGUAAAGUAAAACCUUUAUUUAAAUGUCAAUGUGUUAAGGCCAGAUGGACUAAUUGAGGACACCAAUAAAAUAGCAACACUAAUUAACAUAUGAUACUUAUAUUAUAUGGUAUAUUAUACUACACUUAUAUAUAUGGUACUAUUUAACAAUAGAACUAAUUCUAUUGGUUACAAAGAUUACAGCCCUUGCUGUUGUUGGUUAAAAUGUCUGCAAGAUCCAAUUUUCUAUUUUUGUCAAUAAAAACGGGUAAACAGGGGGAAUUCCUUUGAUUUACGGUAAGUUUUUACCAUAAGAAUGGUCCAAGAUAUCUAACAGAGUGUUAGUAGCGUGUAGUCACACUCAAAACGUGGUAAUGCGAAGUCACGAUUCCGCAGCGAGUAGAACCUUUGCGCAAAAAUAUAUCGGAAACGCAAUCAGGUACGAGACCAUGUUUAACUUUGUACAUAAGUGCAGUGAUAUCUUGAAGCCGUUUGUUAUAUAAAGAAAGUAUAUCAGCACGUCGUAAAAGUUCUUCAAAUUUGUCAGAGUGGGGUUUAUAUAUCACCCUUAGGGCUCUUGUAUUCGUUCUAGCUUCCUUUUGUCGGAUGACUUGCAAAAAUGCCAAGUUAAAUGGCAGUAAGUUAAAUAGGGUAUUAUAAAAGAUUUAUACAGUG